AUGGGAGAAGUCCAGCUCAUACUUGCACCACUCACUCUUCACAAAGUUCUCAGAAAGCACAAAGAUGGUUUUGUGGCUCUUUUCAAUGGAGUCAAUGAUAUUGUCGAUAAUCCACUUGCCAGGAAUGAAGUCCCGCUUGUGAAGACACAACUUAAAGGGAGGUCUGAAGUGCUCAAGCUCCUGGACCAUGAGGUUCUCCACCCAGUAGGAAUCCCGUUCACUGUAGGACACAAAGGCGUCAUAGCAGAUGUCCCUGCGGGGAGCCUUCCUGGGCUUCCUCUUGGCCUGGAGCCAGGCCCACAUCAUCUUCAUGUACCACAGUCCAUGGAAACGGUGGCACAGAACCCCCACGAGCAGGAGCAACAGGAAAAGGGUGCAGCACACGGAAGACACCACGGCUGCCCUGUGGCAUUCAGAAAGCGAGAGCCGGGUGUCCUGAACCCGCUGGCCCCGCACGGGGGAUGGAGAGUCACACAGGUACUCUUCUGGCCAGUCGAUCAGGACCUGGGCCAGAGCUUGCUGCCCCUGUGUGAAAGACAGGAAGUCACAGGAGCAAAUGAAACUGUUGCCACCAGCUUCCAAAGUCUUCAGUUUUUGAAAAGAAUCAAGUUGCUGCUUAGAGAAAGUUUUAUUUUCUUGCUUACUUUCCAAGAAGAAGGAAGUACCUGGGAGCAUCUUUGA